AAAUGGCUACACCAAGAAGCUUAUUUACCAUUUUGACGAUACUUUUGUCUUUUCAGCAAACUUUGGCACUCAAUAAGGUCAGUAGUGUUCCCCUAGGUAGCAGUAUACCAGGUCAGGGAAAUGUAAUCGGUUGGCCAUAUGGUUUAGGAGGCAGUAUAGGUAGUGGUCCCGGAGGUGCAGGGCCAGGUUCUGGUACUGGUUGGCCAUAUGGUCUAGGAAGCAGUAUAGGUAGUGGUCCCGGAGGUGCAGUACCGGGUUCUGGAACUGGUUGGCCAUAUGGUUUAGGAGGCAGUAUAGGUAGUGGUCCCGGAGGUGCAGGACCGGGUUCUGGUACUGGUUGGCCAUAUGGUUUAGGAGGCAGUAUAGGUAGUGGUCCCGGAGGUGCAGGACCGGGUUCUGGUACUGAUUGGCCAUAUGGUUUAGGAGGCAGUAUAGGUAGUGGUCCCGGUGGUGUAGGACCGGGUUCUGGUACUGAUUGGCCAUAUGGUUUAGGAGGCAGUAUAGGUAGUGGUCCCGGUGGUGCAGGACCGGGUUCUGGUACUGGUUGGCCAUAUGGUUUAGGAGGCAGUAUAGGUAGUGGUCCCGGAGGUGCAGGACUGGGUUCUGGUACUGAUUGGCCAUAUGGUUUAGGAGGCAGUAUAGGUAGUGGUCCCGGAGGUGCAGGACCGGGUUAUGGUACUGGUUGGUCAUAUGGCUUAGGAGGCAGUAUAGGUAGUGGUCCCGGAGGUGCAGGACCGGGUUCUGGUACUGGUUGGCCAUAUGGUUUAGGAGGCAGUAUAGGUAGUGGUCCCAGUGGUGCAGGACCGGGUUCUGGUACUAGUUGGCCAUUUGGUUUAGGAGGCAGUAUAGGUAGUGGUCCCGGAGGUGCAGGACCAGGAUCUGGACCGGGUGGGCCAUAUGGGUACCGAGGAAAUAAUGGUGGUGGAUUUGGAGCAGGAAGAUGGUGGUGUACCUGUCGUAGCUGGUCCUGUCGUCAGGGAGAAAUACAAAUCAGCAGUCAAUGUCGUCUGCCCUUCUUUUCUUGGUGGAACAGAACAUGUUGUAAAUGGCUGCCAUGGUGGGCUACUAAUGCUUCCGGUAAUUGCGGUUACCGUGGGUGCGGUAUCAACAGACGACCUUCCGUUGGACUAAUUGGAGGCAUGCGUAAACCAAAGGCUUACUAAACACGA